CGUGCGAGUCCAACCGAUGAGAUCCGUGAGAAAUUCUAAAAGAAUCGGCACACCGGAAAUACCCAGUAUUCCCGUUAAUUUCCUAAUAUUUGAGAAAUAAGCUUAUCGAUCAGUGGUGUGACACAUGACCUAACCUUGACACCCACUCGAAUACGUUAGGUCGUAACAGGUAUCAUAGAAAGUUAUUAGAACAUCCCCGUGGAACUUGACUAACGGAUUAUUAAAAGAAAGUGAGCUGGUUUUAAUAUUCUUUCUGGCAGUAAUGUGAUCGGCUGUAUUUUUAAAUAUCCAUUCGAUAGCAAUCCAGAAUUUUAUACGGUUCUCGCUCCCGAGGGUGCCAGUGACGAUGAGGACGCCGAAGGGGACAGGGUGGGCGAAAUGCUGGCCAUACAUAAAGGAACUUCCAUAGAGACACAAUUGGUAGAAAAACAUGAUGAGGAACCAGUCAGUUGUUAUUGCAGUGCGUCACACACCGACAACAAUUAUUCAACGGAUGAGCACGAUUCUGUCCGAGAUUUAGCCUAUCGACCCACCACGCAAUCUCUCACUCAAAAACUUGGUCUACAUCAAUCAGACUCUGGUGCAGAUUUAUCCGAAUAUCACGAUCAACACGAAGCUAAAAGUAUUCAGAAUCUGUUAGCUACUUAUGGAAAGGCUUUUACCUCUACAGAUGUCGAUAUCCAAGACGAUCUUGACGAUACUCAGAUACGUACCAAAUACCGUGAAAGCAAUGUUAAUACUCAAUCUGGAACAGGAGAUGCCGAUACUUGUGAUAAACCUUUCACCUGGAAAACUUCGGAUCCCAGCCACAGUUUCUCAAGCCUUAAAACAGAUGACUGCCACAUUGAAUGCCCCUCGAGUACUUCAGGGGCAAACGACUCCAUGGCAAGUGACUCUACAUCGUACAAAAAUGUUUCUUCUAUGCUGAAUGGUACGACUGAAAGCGAUACUUUGACCCACAAUGAGAAUGAUGUUAUAUUUCCAGAAGAUAAUUUAUCUAACUCCUAUCAUAGUAUUUAUGCCGCGUAUUGUAAAAAGAACAAAAGCUCCGUGGAAGUAGCCUGGGAAAAGUUCUGGGCUAGAAACGGUGAACAAUUAAUUUGGGCAUCUUGGAUUCAAAAGUACUCCGAUUAUAUAAACCCUGGUUAUCUGCAAGACUCACAAUCACAAGUUGAAGACGAUGCUAAAGUGUCCAACGAAACAAAGGAAAAAACCAUCGAACGAUAUUCCGAACAAAACACGUGUUUUCCAAAUCAAGCGCACAUAAACUGUGAACUUGGUCGAUCAAACUUCGAAGGAAUUUUUAGCAAAACUGGAUUAGCUAGCUGUGAUGUUAAAGUUAAAGAUACGCUAAAUAAUGCAACUUUCUCCUUCGAUAACACAAGCAAACACUGUAUUAAUGACAGCGAAGCCGAAGAGAAUAGAAAAAGAUUAAUAAGCAAUGUGAUAUCGCCAGAAGUAGGAGACGGGUGGAAUCCACUAAGCCCUUUCAGUGCGGAGGAGAGCUACAAUCUGCAGUCCAAUGGCGAAGAUGAACGACUCAUAACUGUCUCACGAUGUGGUUCCAUUAAUGGCUCUUUGUCAAAAACAUGUGCAGCUUCCGACUCCAUGACUAACGUCACAAAGAUGACUCUCACCAGUUCGAGUUUUGACUCAAACUCCAUUCAGUCCUCCAGUCUUAUUAGCUCCGUAACCAGUUCCAUUGAAAGUAAUCUAACGAGCAACAGCUCCGAUCAAGAUAAUGAAUACACAUCGGAAGACAAUGACAAAUAUUGGCAAAAGUUGUGGCAGGAACACUUUCAAGAACAGUACCAAAGCCAAUACGAUAUCUUCGUUGCAAGCUAUUCGAAACGCUCAGAUGAGUUUGCCGAUGCCUAUGAUUUACACGAUACGUCCCAAAAUAAUGUAGAUAUUAGUAAACUAAAUAAAAUACAUAUUGAAUCGGAACUGCACAACAUGGAAGAUCCAAAGUCAUCGCUUGGAACUCUCGGGCAACAAGAUAAGAUCGAAGUGAAAAGGUCAAAGAAAAGUAAUUCAACGACAAAAAGGAUGAUCAUCGAAUCAGUAGGUGUGCUUAUGCAAAACUUAACAAUGAAGUCGGAGGACUCUCAAUUAGAAAUGGAUGGUGACGAUACGACAGAAAAGAUGGACCAAAACCAGUGUCAAAAUAUAGGGGAAGACCAAAGCUCUGCACUUGCUUCCACUACACAUGGCUCUGCAUUUCUUGAUAGUAACGUUAGCAAUGGGAAAGGCUUAGUAGGUAAAGGGGAUGGAGAUAAGUCUCAAGAUGACAAGCCGAUAACACUAAAGCGAAGCCAUGAGGCUGACUGCGAUGACACUAACGAGGGCUUAGAAACAGUGAAGAAAGCGUUCUCACUGAUGGGGUAUACAUUCAACGAUAACAAGAAGCAAUUGAAGUUGCAAGGUGAGGUAGUGUACAGGAAGAGAAACAUCAGAUUACAAAACAGGCAGUUGAAGAUGAAAUUCAGCCGUCCUAAGGCUGUUAACAAGCAUAUGUAUUUCGACGAUAAUGGGGUUGAGAUUACAGACACGAUAGAUAAGGUAAAGCAGUACUUGUCUUAUUGUCCGAUGAGAGUACCCUCAGAGUUAGAGCUUCAACCCAAUGACAAAGGUUCCUAUACAAAAGCACAAUUUACGUCCAGUUCCGACGAGGAAUGUAAUCCUAGUCUGAAUUCUAAACUGCAUGCGAAACGGCUUGUAUUUAGUAAAACAAGCACAAAUUCUCUAGAGUCAAAGCCAGAUAGAAAAGAGGACGAUAUUAGAAACGAUACGUUUAAAACCCACGAAGACCUCGACGAUGUCUUCGGGGACACGAAAGUAGACGAAGCUAGACACGCGGAAAGCAUCGCGGAUGUUGAAAUCGUUGAAACGUCAGCAGUGCAGACGGGAGGGAAUUUCGCUGACGAAACCGCAGAAAUGGAAGUCGACUGCCGAUCCAAUGGCAACGAGACCUUCGCCACGAAACUGUCCGAUGAAGACAGUGGGAAGAAAACUCAAAAGAAAAAGAGGAGGAAGCAAGGGAAAAGGAACGUCAGUCUUCCAAUCGAAGUGGACGGUGAUAAGACGAUGAUGAAGUACUGGGUGAAACGAUAUCGCCUCUUUAGUAAGUUCGACGAAGGUAUCAAAUUAGAUCGCGAGAGUUGGUUCUCCGUAACUCCUGAGAAAAUUGCACAGCACAUCUCCGAGCGGUGCAAGUGCGACACCGUCGUCGAUGCAUUUUGCGGUGCUGGUGGAAACGCUAUACAAUUUGCAUUUACUUGCGAGAAAGUGUUCGCCAUCGAUAUAGAUCCAGCAAAGAUUGAAUUGGCUCGCAACAAUGCUAGAGUAUACGGUGUGGAGGACAGAAUAGAGUUCAUUGUCGGAGACUUCUUCCAAUUAGCAUCAAAGUUGGUCGCCGAUGUAGUUUUUCUAAGUCCACCGUGGGGUGGACCCGGAUAUGCCAGGGAAGAAACUUUUGAUCUCGAAAGUAUCAUGCAACCAAUUGGUGGAAUGAAGCUUUUUAACGUAGCAAAGCAGAUUUCAGACAACGUGGCCUACUUCCUACCCAGAAACGUGGACACUAUGCAGCUUGCCAUGUUGGCUGGAGUGGGCUGUGGCGUCGAAGUGGAACAAAACUUUUUGGACAGAAAGCUGAUAGCUAUAACAGCUUAUUACGGGGAAUUGCCCAGGAACUCUUAGUUGUGAUAUGUUGUGUAACGUAACGGAGAAACCUUUAUGAAACUUCUCUGAGGGCAUGGUGUGUAACGUAAGAGAAGAUCCUGAAGUUACUUAUUCAGAAGAGACAGAGGCCUUCUCGUAUUUCAAUGAACUGUUAGCUGUAAAUAAUGAACCGUAUCAAUUUGCUUAAGUUAUCGAAACAGAUUUUACCUUACUUUCAACCGGAUUAACAGAUUCAAUCCAGAUAACCUCAAAUUUCCCAUUUCGAACCUUUAUAGAUCUCUAUGAUUUAUAGGCACUUUUAAAUAAAACUAAAUCAUCGAGAUUUAUAAAGCUCUGAAAGUCGUACAGAUAAUACCAUAAGACGUCGAUCAGUGUUUUCGUAUGUUUUAUUCCCAGUUGAGCGAAUCGAUACGGUACUUCUUAUAACCUCGUGAUUUCAUUGUCAAGUCCAUUAAGUAUUCACGAGUGGUCGUGCGAAUUAUGAAUUUGAAUCUUCCAUAGUGUUGUAAUCGCAGAUCGCUGUAAUUUCAAAGUCUGACCCGAUCUGGAACUCUCAACAAUAAUACAAACUUGCUUUGACGACCAUGUAAAGUAUUAAUUUUAAUUCUGGCAAUCGAAACUAUGGAUACCGGGACAAUGUAUUUUACAUUUUACAACGAUUUCCAAACUAUUAUUUUACAGUUUUAUGUACACUUCUGCUAAUUUAGUAUCAAUUAAUAAAUAUAUCCAGAACAUGAA